AUGGGAAAUGAUUUCUCAAAGCAACAACGCAAGCGAGCUAAAUUCACCGAUGCUUCCAGUCCGAUCACGUUGAAGCGACAAAGACGUGAAUCGCGUCUUCUUCCCUCUUGGGACUCUUUGGAGAAGAUCAAUGUGCCAUCGGCGUCAGGAGCGUAUUCUGACCCAUCUGCUUCAUCCACCUCUGUGAAUGGAAACAAUCACUAUGUAUUCUUAAGCUUUAGAGGCCCCGAUACUCGCAAUGGCUUUGUCGAUCACCUCUACCAUAGACUCAACGAUGUGGGCUUGCCGUUCCAUCCAAACUUCGUGUUCAGAGAUGAUAAGGACCUCCCAUUCGGUGAGAAAAAUUGGUGA